CGAGAAUGACAGAUUCCGGUGGAGGAAAUGGGGAAAGGGAUGAAGUGUGCCUCGUGGAGGGUUGUUGGGUUAUGUCUGCUGCUGUCUUGUUUUGUCCUCUUUUCCCUUCUCCUCCUCUUCCCUGUGUGAUCAGUAUCUUUUCAACACCUAGUCCAAUCGAGUUGAUCUCUUUUGAUAGUAUUAUCCUCACGUUACUUGGUCUUAUCUUCAGGCAUUUGAUCAUUCCCGCUUUUUCCUUCUUCUUCUUCUUCUUCUUCUUCUUUCUUUCUUUUGAUUGAAACAUUGGUUCUGUGGUCAGCUAUCCCUACAAUGGCCGAUAUAUCCGCCAUGAAAGAUAUUCGGGGAGACGAUGAUGCCCAGUUGGCAGCUAUGGGUCACAAGGCCGAACUGAAGCGAAAUUUCUCACUUCUGUCCAUGCUAGGUCUGGCCUUUGCUAUUCUAAAUUCUUGGACCGCUCUCUCGGCAAGCUUAUCUCUUAGUCUACCAUCCGGAGGCCCUGUUGGCGUGGUCUGGGGCUUAUUUACAGCGGGUGUAUGUAACCUUUGCAUAGCAAGCUCGCUUGCCGAAUUCUUGUCUGCCUAUCCUACCGCUGGUGGGCAAUACCAUUGGGUCGCAGUUAUUUCUUGGGAACGAUGGAUGCCUAUACUCUCAUGGAUUACCGGUUGGGCCAACGUUUCUGGAUGGCUUGCAUUAACCGCCACCGGUGGGCUGCUGGGCAGCCAAUUGAUCCUGGGUAUAAUCUCAUUGAUGAACCCAACAUAUGAAUCUCAACGCUGGCAUCAAUUCCUGAUUUAUACUGGCUAUAAUAUUUUUGCGUUCAUCAUAAAUGCCUUCAUGAACAAUGGCCUUCCUUAUUUCACUAAGGGUGCCUUCGUCUGGUCACUGACUGGGUUCGCUGUUGUUUCGAUAACACUGCUUGCAUGCUCAUCACCGAACUAUAACUCGGGAGAGUUUGUAUUUGCAAAAUUUAUCAAUGAGACAGGAUGGCCGGACGGUGUUUCUUGGUUACUUGGACUUCUUCAAGGUGGACUUGGUCUCACUGGAUUUGAUGGGGUUGCCCAUAUGAUCGAAGAGAUCCCGAAUCCAUCCGUCUUGGGCCCGAGAAUCAUGAUUGGGUGUGUUGUCAUCGGUACCGUCACGGGUUCAAUCUUUUUAAUUGUCCUCCUCUUUGUCGCGGGUGACAUCUAUAAUGUUAUCAAUUCUGCUGCAGGGUGUCUCCUUCAGAUUUUCAAGGAUGCAACUAACAACAAUGCUGGAUCGAUUUGCCUUCUUAUGUUCCCUCUUGUUUGCAUCCUUUUCGCAGCGACCAGUAUUAUGGCAACUAGUAGCCGUAUGAUCUACGCAUUUGCAAGAGACGGUGGCCUCCCGGCUUCUUCCUAUUUUUGCAAGGUUCACCCAAAGCUCAACGUCCCAUUGAAUGCCUUGUACUUGACUCUUGCUUCUGUUACUAUCUUCGGACUUAUCUUCCUUGGGUCUUCGAGUGCUUUCAAUGCUAUUAUCUCAUCGUCAGUAGUGAUGCUUGACGUCGCAUACGGUUUCCCGAUUGCGGUAAACUGCCUACGUGGUCGGAAUAUGCUACCUGAGCGGUCUUUUGUUCUCCCAAAUACUUUGGGUUGGAUCGCCAACUUGGUUUCUCUUGCCUACAUCUCCCUCACCACAGUGCUCUUCCUCUUCCCUCCCGAGCUGCCUGUGACUGGUAGCAAUAUGAACUAUUGCGUUGCUGCUUUUGGAAUUAUUCUCAUUAUUUCUACGUUUCAAUGGAUAGUGGAUGGUCGUAAGAACUUCACUGGGCCACGGGUUGAUGUGGAUGUCAUAGCAGGCGUAAUUGAAGUGCCCACACACACCGAGACUGCUGAAUCUCACGCAAAAGGCGAUGGAAAGUGAGGUUACAUUUACUCAAUUUUUCUGAAAGUAUUGUAAUUAGCUUUAUCAUGACCCUACACGAUAGAAGAUAGAAUCCUAGAAGAAAGUGUAGUCUGGUGUUCAAUGGGGUUUUCGAUACGAUGACGUCACUUCUGGCACAUGCCAAC